CACUUCCUCUUCAUUCCAAACACCAUACAUCUCCACCAUUUUUCUUCCCCUAAUAAACACAAGGAGAUUGCAAAUGGGAAUGCCAAUUAUCUUCCUUCUCCUUGUUGCUCUUUUUGCUCCUCUCUUCACAUUCUCAACUCCUGUUCCUGACCCUGAAGUUAUAGUCCAAGAAGUUAAUGACAAAAUUUUCAAUUCAUCAAGAAGGAACUUAGGCUAUUUAUCAUGUGGAACAGGCAACCCUAUUGAUGAUUGCUGGAGAUGUGAUCCAAAUUGGGAAAAAAACAGGCAAAGAUUAGCUGAUUGUGCCAUUGGAUUUGGCAAACAAGCCAUUGGUGGAAGAGAUGGUAAAAUUUACAUAGUGACUGAUACUAGUGAUGAUCCUGUAAAUCCAAAGCCAGGAACUUUAAGAUAUGGUGCAAUUCAAAAUGAACCACUUUGGAUUAUAUUUGGUAGAGAUAUGGUUAUUAAGCUAAAAGAAGAAUUAAUGUUGAAUUCAUUCAAGACUAUUGAUGGUAGAGGAGCUAGUGUACAUAUUGCUGGUGGUCCAUGUAUUACUAUACAAUAUGUUACAAAUAUUAUUAUACAUGGAUUAAAUAUUCAUGAUUGUAAACAAGGAGGAAAUGCUUAUGUUAGAGAUUCACCAGAGCAUUAUGGUUGGAGGACAUUAUCAGAUGGAGAUGGAGUUUCUAUAUUUGGAGGAAGCCAUGUUUGGGUUGAUCAUUGCUCUUUGUCAAAUUGUAGAGAUGGCUUGAUUGAUGCAAUUCGUGGAUCUACUGCCAUUACUAUUUCCAAUAAUUACAUGAUACAUCAUAACAAGGUAAUGCUUUUGGGACAUAGUGAUUCAUUCACUAGGGACAAGAACAUGCAAGUUACCAUUGCUUUUAACCAUUUUGGAGAAGGGCUUGUACAGAGAAUGCCAAGAUGUAGACAUGGAUAUUUCCAUGUGGUGAACAAUGACUACACCCAUUGGGAGAUGUAUGCAGUUGGAGGAAGUGCUUCUCCAACUAUCAACAGUCAAGGCAAUAGAUUUCUUGCUCCUAAUGAUAUCUUCAACAAGGAGGUGACAAAACAUGAAGAUGCACCAGAAAGUGAAUGGAAAAAUUGGAACUGGAGAUCUGAAGGAGAUUUAAUGCUUAAUGGAGCUUUCUUUACUAGGUCUGGUGCUGGAGCUUCUAAAAGUUAUGCUAAAGCUUCAAGUUUAAGUGCAAGGCCAUCUACUUUAGUUAGCUCUAUUACAGUCAAUGCUGGUGCACUUGGCUGCAAGAAGGGCAAAAGAUGCUGAUUUAUUUACUAUGAUUUUCAAUUACCACUACAUGUUGUAAUUCUCAAUAUAUAUUAUAAUCUCACUCAAUUGCCACAUAGUAAUGUUAUGUGAUAAUCAAGGCUCAAGUGUGAAUACUACUACAACAUUUUCAACUAUA